AAAGUACUUUCCCUUACUAUAGUAUAUUUUAGCUUUUCACUGCAUUGCAGCUACAAAAAAUUUACGCAGUUUUACACACCGCGUCGACACAAAAAUUCCACGUCGAUGCAUUUUUAUAAUUGCCAUUGUCGAUUACGUCAAAUAAUCGUCCCAGCCCUAUUCAUGUUUUAAAUUACCAUUAGUGCAGAGAGAUUUUUAAUAUCUUUUGUCCUUGUAGCUGCUAAACACACUCAUUAUUAAAGCCAUAAAAUUGUCUGUCUGCUACAUUACAAUAUCAAUUGAAUAAGUGUUUGUGAAAAUGUUCAGGGUAAAAUCUGGGCUUACUCUACCAUGAUUGACGGUGCCAGUGUGUGUGUUCGUGCGUGUUGAACUUGCUGGGACCAGUGUCGUUACUGUAAACUAAAACUGAAACGAAAACAAGCACUACAUAAAAUAAUUUGUGAACUGAAAUAAAAAUGAAAACAAUAUUUACAAAAAAAAGUGUCAGACUUUAAUCUGCAAAAAGUACCACCACGACACCAUCUCUUUACCGUCUUAACCACAGUACCUCCUCAUUUAAAAGGUGAUGUCCCUUCCUAUCACUUGUCGCAUGUGGCGUUGCUCUGCUACAUCAUCUAAAGCCCUGCAGUGGCAUACAGUUUGUGUUUUUUUCAAAAUAAAACUAACUUAAAAGGUCAAGUUGAUCUUCUGGAGGAAAAUUAAUCGUUUAGAUUAAUCAACCAAUCGAUAAAAUAGUCGAUAGGUUAAUCGAUAGAAAAAUUAUCGUUAGUGGCAGCCCUAAAUUCCAUAGGCACAAUAUUGAGCAACGACAGGUGAUUUACCGGCACUGCUUUGUGUCUGUACUUGCACUGAAUUUUUUGACAGACUCGAUUGGUGGAUAAAAAGUCCUAUUUAGCUAUAGUUUAAAUCUUCAACUCUUUUGGAUAAAUAUUGCAAUAUUUCUAUGUCACUUGUCCUGAUUUAUAUAUGGAGUUUAAAGAUGGUCAGGUGUGUGUGGCAACAGAUUUAAGACGUGUAAUAGUGAUGUCACUUAAUGGUCAUUACGUUUAGCGUUUCUUUUUCAAGUCAUGCUUAGCUUAAAUGUGAGUUCAUUCAUACAUACUUCACUGAUAGUAUUAAUAUAUUAUUGCUUUUGAAUUUAUAAAUGGUUUGUUUUGAAGCAGUAUGAUAUUUAGAUGGGAAUGCUUUACAGUAUGGAUUUAGUAUCGAUUUGGUAUUGAUAUUGCAGUCAGUUAUGAGAGCUAUUGUAAUGUUGAGUGUGGUGCAUCCAUCUUGCUGCUGGGGUAUGGUGCCAAUAUGUAUGUUUCAUUGAGCCCAUUUGGGUCGUUAUGACUUCAUUAGGACACCCCGACCCCCCCCUGGCUCAGUGAGACCCCCUUGUCUCCUGUUAAUGGACAGGAAGCUGCCACAGCUUUGGUGGAGCUGCAGAAGCAGACAGUGAAGGCAGCAGGUGUGAUGGGAGGGACCUGAAGCCAGAGCCGUAUGGUGGUAAAAUGGACGUUUUGGACCGUAAACGUCUGCAUCUCUGAGAGGUGCUGUGGACCCUCCCUGCUGUCACCCUGUGAAAGAUUCGCUCCAGCAGAACUGUCACGUAAACAGCACGGGGGACACGCGUACAUGCUCAUUACCCUUUCAGAGCGCGUUUGUGAUGCAGAUCCUUCACUGCCGGAGGAAUGCGUAUGACGGCCUUGUUCACACACCGCUAAAGUGUCUGUGUCUGAGAGCUGGGUGUGGCUUGGCACCCCCCCCACCGGCCGGCCGGCCAUUUGCAUACACAUUGAUUCAUUUGCGGCGGUGUUUGGAGGGACCCAGGAGGCUUUUGGCACAUUGCCUCAGGUGAGAGAGACCGUGGUCAGGCUCGUUAGCGGGGCAGCCUAGCAUAGCGGCGUUGGCUCCCUCGCACCCCAGGGCAGCUGAGGUGGUCUUUAUGGUGUUGCGCUGGCUUAAUUAUGCCCAGUUUGCUCCCUCUGUUUGGUGGGUGGGACAGUGGCAGUUUGCUUUGGGGAGGAGGGAAUGGAGGCGUCCAUGAGAGGCAGUGGCGGGGGAGUCUCUCACUUUGUGAACCUUCACUUUUUGGCAUGGAGCUUGUUUACACCUUCAAGUCCCCCCCCCAGUGAGGUCUGGGCGCAAGAAUGGUGAGACGGUGGUGCCUGUCUUAUCUACUGGGUUUGGUGGCUGGUAGGUUUUUCGUGUGGGUGCAUGUACAUUAUUAAUUGAAUUGAAUUUUCUGUCUCAGGAAAUGAAAUAAUGCCUCACACAGCCUUUUCCCCUGGGGGGUGUGUGGGAGGGGGUUCCGCUAUUGGAGCGGCUGUUUGUGGUUGUCUGACAGUGCUGGCUGUGUGGCUUUUCAGAUUGGAACGUGUUCCUGUUAUUGGAAGUAGUAACUUUUGCGGUGCCAUGCUUCAGUUGUUGUGUGUGUGUGUGUGCGUGCGUGCGUGCGUGCGUGCGUUUGUGCAUGCCUGCGGGAGUGUGUGUGUGUGCGUGCUUGUGUGUGUCCCAGGGUGGGGUGCCAUUUCCUCUCUCCCAUUAGCCGGGCUCCGCUGUUUCCCAGGCCCUGCCCCCGCCAUCCCUGCUCCUCCUCUUCCCUGUCAGCUGGCUCUGAGCUGCAGUAUCCCGACAGUAGGCCUGCUGGACUCCCAGCUUCUGCCAUCCUGCCUCUGCUGGGCGGCCUGCUUCCAAACCUCGCCGGCUGUCGGCACCGAAAGGCCGGCCGUCCUCCCCUCCCCCCCCGUCGCCGGCAGCCGGCCAUCCUGCUGGGCUGAGCGGCGGAGUAUCUGCGGCCAGGCUGUGUUUUUGGGAUCCGCUCCUCUCUGAGGAAGGAGGUGCAGGCUGAGGAGAGGCACGGGACGAGACGGGCGGAGGCCCCCAUGGCUGCCUGUCUGCGCAGCUGCGUCUUGCCUAAGUGGAGCCCAGCCUCAGAUGAUGAAGUCGACCACCAGCUCAACACGACAGGGAGCGAGGGGGGCAACUCUGGAGACAGCACCCCUCCCACCAAGCGCAAGGGCAAGUUCUCCACCUUGGGCAAGAUCUUCAAACCCUGGAAAUGGAGGAAGAAGAAAAGCAGUGAGAAGUUUAAGGAAACUUCAGAAGUUCUGGAAAGAAAGAUCUCGAUGAGGCGGCCACGGCAGGAGCUGAUCGAGAAGGGGGUUCUGAAGGAGGUCGCGGACAAUGAUGGAGACGAUUCCCAUGGCCCCAAGCCCCCAUAUUUGAAGAAUGGUCACACCGGCCCGAUCGGCGGCGGUGGCCGGGCCCUGGAAAUGGCCCGCUCCUCCUCAGAGUCUGACUACAGGACGAACCCGGCUUGGCUGCCCCAGGUUGAGGAGCGCAGGGGAGCUCCGGGUCUCCGAGCUCGAACCCCGGGGGAUGCAGAGCGCAAGGUGGGCCCAUUAUGGCAGGCGGAAGAGGCCCGGCGGCUUGACAAGAAACCGGCCUUGCAGAAGGCCCCGUCUGAGGACGGCCGCCGCAGCCGGCCCGGCCCUGACACCGACUGGAGGCCCACGCUUCCCCGGCACGCCUCCGCAGAGGAGGGCCGCACACUACGAGAGCCUAACGGCGGCCGCACCCCAGAGGCAGAGGCCCCGCGGGACACCCUGAGGGAGCCACUGCCCCCCAAACAGCCCAUACUGCCCCCCAAGUGGCUGGUGAGCUCCACCCCGGAUCCCGGCAGCGAUGGCCUGCCACGGCCCCCAACCAGUAGCGGCCCCUCAGCCCCAGGACCUGUUUACUCCUCGUCCUCCUCCUCGUCCGCCACCUCCUCCGCUGUGGGCACUGCUGUGAAGCCCGUGCGCACCAUGGGCACUCACGGACCCGGCUCAGUGGCUCCGCCCCCCUCCUCCGCUGCCGGUACCGCCCUCCAGCUUGUCAAACAACCGCCCAUCCCGCCCCCCAAGCCCAUCAAUCGGAACAGCAACCCCACUCUGCUAGGGGAUAACACGCACUUCCCCCUGUACUGGUCUUGCUGGAAGCGGGAGGGCGAGUACGACGUCUACCUGUCCCUGCCCGUCUACCUGUGCCGACGGGCCGGAGCCCCCCGCUCAGCUGAGCUCUCCCAUGCCACCGGUGCAAUUGCUCUGGGCCCGACCAAGCCUUCCCCGCCCAUGCCGCCUAAGAGGACCACCCCAGUUACAAAGCGCAAUUCAGAGGAGUCGUCUAAUGCCCCCAUGCCCAGCGUGCUGCCCGAGGAGGACUUCGCCACCUGCCCGCCGGGCUUCCAGCUGCCCCCGCCGCCACCAUCCCCACCCCUGCCCACCCACGUUCCUCCAUCCCCUCCACGCCUGGCUCACCAUCCUCACCCCCACCACCACCUGCUGGCCCACCAGCACUCGUAUCCACACCCCCUGCCCCAGCCCAUCCCGUAUGAGCCCCCCAGCCCCACGUCGGAGCCGAGCCGCCAGGCCGCUGUGCCGCUGCACAUCAUGAUCCAGCGGGCGCUGACCAGCCCCGGGCCGGCCGUGCCCAACCCCGACGGCUCACAGCGCGCCCACUCGCUGCUGUUCGAGACGCCCCCACCGGAUUACCAGGGCGAGGGGGCCGGCCGCGGGUACCCCCUGCCUGUCACCAUCCAGCCGCUCAAGCUUAACGAGGAAGACUACUCUGAAGAGGAUGAAGAAGAGGAAGAGGAGGAGGAAGAGGAGGAUCUGCCCCCGCCUGAGCACAUCCCGCCUCCGCAGCCGGAGCUGGAGCCACGGAGCCGACGUUGCUUGGUGGGGGACCUGAAUGUGAGCAUCAUCCCCGAGAUGGAGGGGCCUGCUAGCAGUGAGGAGGAUGAGGAGGAGGACGAGGAUGAAGAGGAGGACGACGUCGAGGAGGAGGACCCACCUGACGACAGCGACUCGGACGGGCCUGUGCUUUACAAAGACGACGACUCUGAGGAUGAGGAGGAUGAAAGCCCACCCAGUGCCCUGGCUAGCCGCGUGAAGAGGAAGGACACCCUGGCUCUGAAGCUCAGCAGCCGGCCCUCAGCUCCAGAACGGCAGGCCAGGGAGGAGCAGGCAACGGUGACGUGGCAGAACCGGGAGCAGUGGGAGGAGAUCCGCACGCAGAUCGGCACGGCGCUCACCCGGCGUCUGAGCCAGAGACCCACCGCGGAGGAGCUGGAGCAGAGGAAUAUCCUACAGCCCAAGAACGAGGCAGACAGGCAGGCUGAGGUGCGGGAGAUCAAACGAAGGCUCACCAGGAAGUUAAGUCAAAGACCAACAGUAGCUGAGCUCCAGGCCAGGAAAAUCCUAAGGUUCCAUGAGUAUGUGGAGGUCACCAACGCCCAGGACUACGACCGACGUGCUGACAAGCCGUGGACCAAGCUCACUCCUGCUGACAAGGCGGCAAUUCGUAAGGAGCUGAAUGAAUUCAAGAGCUCUGAGAUGGAGGUCCAUGAAGAGAGCAGGAUCUAUACGAGAUUUCACCGGCCUUAGACUCCAGCAACUGGAAGACGAAGCACUUAAAGAAUGAGAGAGCCUGGCCAGGCCCCUGGGCCUCAUGCUCCCAGGAUGGACUGCCUUUAUCAUUCUGAAUGUACAGUACUGCUCAUCAGGAACACUGCAAGGAGAACCACUCCUCCCAUAGCUGCUCACAACCACUGCAGCCACACACAGGAUUAAGCGCCUGCGUGCUUGCAGUACUUCUCCGGGGACUUCGGGAGGAGCCAUAGUGCCAAGAGGGCAGAGGUGGCAGGAGGGAGAGGUUUAGAGGCUGUCUGUGCUGUUCAGCCCCCCAGGGGCGCUAAGGCCCCUAUAGGCCACAAGCCCACCCUCCCCAUUCCUCUGGAGAACAUUCGGGUGGCCUUUUUCCUUCAUUUUUUACGGAACACUUGAUUUCUCUUUCCUUCUUCAUCAGGAAACAUAAUAAUCAUAACAGUAGUUAAUAUUGAAGGUGAAAAUUAUUACAAUAAGAGCUGCAAGAUACUGGCUGAGAUGAAGUGAAAACAAAAUGACAAUGAAGAGAGAGACUCCUGAAGCAAGUGUCUCCGGAAAGAGUGAUGGCAUUCUGGAAAAAUUGUGAAUUUGUGUGUGUGUGUAUAGAUUACUGUAAUUUUUCUUAGACUAUUAACCUGGAAAGUUAUAAUGAAGAUUUCGGUAAUGCACAAGGUUUUUUUGUUGUUUUUUUUUUUUUUUCCUUCUUCCUAAUGUACGAUCUGUUCUGAAAUGAGGACUUUUUUUGUGGUAAGGGAGCCAGGGUGAUCCCCCCCCCCCCCCCCAAUUUGGGGAGUUGGGCUGAGGUGACCUCAACAGUCCCUUGCCAUAGAAGAAAAACUAGUGUUUUUUUUUUAAUUAAUUUAUAUUUUUUGCCAUGGUUUAAUUUCCAUUCUUAAUAUAGCAUACAGUCAUUGUAUAUCACCUGUCCAGUGCUGUGACAGCCAUAGGUAUCCCAACUGGCCAAUCAUUUUAAUGGCAUUUUGUGUUUUUAAUGGACCUACUACAGAUCACUUUUAGCAGUUUAAAAACCAGACUGACAAACCAGAUUUAACAACGGGGGGGAUAAAACAUGGCACCUUAAUUUGGAAAAAGUCAGGGUUGUACAGCUCUCUGUAGGAGAGAACCACUACAGUAACGCAUCACUGCGAUGGCUGACGGGGAAACCCUUUCGGCAGGAACAUGUUUGUACUUUUUGUUUUAUCCCGUAUUGCUUGUGGCCCAGUGGAGACCCAAGUCCUCUGCUGUAUAGAUUUAUCCUGUAGAUUAAACUGACUGUCGUGUAUAUCUUGUCUUCCUAUCGUUUAAAAUAUUUUAAAUAUAAUAAAAGUAUUAGGUUGUUGUUGUUUUUAAGCUCAAAAUAUUCGUGUAUGAUUGAACAACACUAUGAGAAAUGGGAUAUAAACAUACCUGUUCUAUUUUAUGUUACUGUUGUAUAGUUUUUUUUUUAAGACACUUCAUUGAAUUUUAGUAAUUGACAGCGAUUUCUCUGUUUAGCUAAAAAUGGUCACUACCGAAUAUUAAAAGCUUUAAACAAUUA